GGUGUGCAUUGGCGGCUGUUCUGGACUUGCAGGCUGGAAGAGUGCAUCGUGGAGCUUAAUAAUGCAAUGACAAAGUUAUUUCAAUGGCGGGAACUCCAGUCACUCCGGUGAGGGUGGGCGCCUCGGCGGUUCCUUAUGGACACGCCAUUGGAAAUGAAAAAUGGAGAGGAACGGAGCUGGCUCAGUUAAUACAGGGUAAAAUAACCCUUGUGUUUGAAGAUGGUUUGGGACUGGUUGAUUUCCAUCUGUCUAACAGAGCCUGCAUCUUGUAUAUAUCAGAAGCGGAUAUCGUGGCAGGAAACACUUUCAAAAGGAGGCUUGUUCGAUUUAGAAAAGCCUGUAGCCUGAAAGGGAUCACAAUUGUGGAAAAAACCCGUCUCAGUGAGCAGUAUUUUCCCGUUAUACAGAAAUUCAUUGUGUUGGAGCUCGGUAUGGUAAUUCUCCCAGUGACCAAUAAGGCGGAGGCUGCACAGCUUAUCAUACAUUUAGUGCAAGAGCGAAGCAGAGAGCGGCUCAGCAAUCCUUUCAGUAGUAAAAAGUCCUACCAGCUCGGAGAGUCCCACGUCCUGCAGACAGUGCAAACAAUACCAGGCAUCGGGAAAGUGAAGGCACAGAACCUUCUCCAGCAUUUCCCCAGUAUCCACCUGAUAGCCAACGCUUCUCUCGCACAGCUGGAAGCCGUUGUGGGACGAGAAUUAGCGAGAAACGUCCAUAUGUUUUUUACACGAACAUGACCCUUUGGUAGUAAGAAUUCAUUAUAGAGAGAGAGUAUUGUACCUCCGUGAGCACGUAACCACACUAGUAUUUAACGUUUGGUGCUUUACAAAACACAAAAGAAAGUCAUGGUUAUUGAAUACAAUAACCCUAUCAACCUAGUUGAGAGGCGUGCCUAACAAUGCAAUCUAACCAAG